AUGCAAAGACUAAUUUUUGUCGUUAGUUUAUUAUCUAUUUCAAUAGUUGCACAAGAUAAUCGGAAAAAAACGUGUUUACAUAAUUUAGCUAUUAAUGGAACGAAUCUAAUUGCAAUCUAUCGAAAACAAUUGCUUGUUUUGGGUAUUAUAAAUUUCAAUAAUCAAUCAUCACGAAUUCAAGCUAAUAGAUAUAAUGAUUUGUACCGUGAAUUACAAAAUAGUGGCAUACGUGACACAACUGUGCGUCUUAUUCUUGUCAAUGAACAAGAUGCUGCAAAUUAUUUGCCUGGAAAAUAUUAUGAUAAAAUUCGUCUCUUUCAAGAUAAUGCAAAAGAUGGUUUAAUCAAAAAAUUACGCAAUCAUGAACACAGUGCAGAUAAUUUUAUAUUUGGAAGAUGUGGCUAUCUUGUAUUUGCUCAAGAAAGAUCGAAUUCAAAUCUUCAAGAUGGAAAAAAUUAUAAGGAACUUGUUCGAAAUAUAAAAUUAGCAAUGAGAGGUAAACGACGCUGUGAGCGAUUAUGCAGUUAA